AUGGUCUUUGGCUACAAAUAUGGUGACCAACUUUUGAUCUCAGCGACUUGGAAUGCUCUCUGGACGGCCAUGACAUCGCUUGGAAUGCUGAUUGGAAGUAUUGCAUCUGGCUGGAUUUCAGAUCGAGGCGGUCGGAGAUUGGGGUUUGGAAUAGGUUCUGCUAUAUCCUUACUUGGGGUUGGCCUUGAAUACGCUGCCAACGAGCCCGGUUUGCUCCUGGCUGGCAAGAUCAUCAACGGCAUAUCUCUUGGGUUUUUCCUCAGUCUAGGGGCCAUAUAUGCUUCUGAGAUCGCACCAACUGCCUUACGUCCCUCCCUGACCGCCGCUGUUAACCUGUUCGUCAACGCUGGUCAACUCACAGCCAUUGGCAUUGGAAAUACCCGCUUUUCCAUUAUGACACCAGCAUCAUACAAAGUGAUUUUUGCGGCGCAGUGGGCAUUCCCCUGCUUCAUUGGGCUGUUCUCAUUCUUUAUGCCAGAAAGCCCUUGGUAUCUCUGUCGCAAAGGCCAGAUUGAGCAAGCCAAGAAGAGUCUGCAGAGACUUCAUCUCCUCAAAUCAGCAAACACUGAUUUGAUCUUGGGAGAUAUUCAAACUUCCAUUGACGCCGAAAACUCUCUUGCAAACAUUCAAAAAGAUACCUCGUACCGGGAUUGCUUCCGAGGUACAAACUGGCGCAGGACUCGCAUUUCAUGUGGAAUGUUUGCCGUGCAGCAGUUUACAGGCAUCGCAUUUUAUUCCCAGGCUUUGUAUUUUCUCGGGAUCAUAGGCCUGCCCACUGCUCUCACUUUCCAACUGGCUCUCGGUGGUUUUGGCGUAGCUAUGCUUGGAAACAUUGUCUCGUGGUUUAUAAUGAACUAUAUUGGUCGUCGGCCACUUCUUCUUACCGGUAUCAUUUUGAACGCUCUCUGUCUAAUGUCUGUCGGCGUUGCUGGCUGUUUCACUACCACUGCUGCCAUGUACUACAUCGGCUACGUGAUGAACUUUGCCCAAUUAUUCUACUCUCCUACAGUUGGAGCCGUCAGUUGGACUAUCAGUGCUGAGGUUAGCUCCGUCAAAGCCCGAGCCAAAACGCAAAGUCUGGCAAUCGUGACGAAUGCGUUGGUCAGCUGGGCGAUGAAUUUUGUCGCUCCGUAUCUCAUCAAUACAGAUCAAGCCAAUCUGGGAGGGAAGGCUGCGUUUGUAUGGAUGGCCCUGUCGUUUGUGAGCUUUGUAUGGGCUUGGCUUGAGGUGCCAGAGCUCAGGGGUCGCACUUUUAGUGAGCUCGAUGAUAUAUUUGCGCAAAAAGUUGCGACGCGACACUUCAAGAAAGCAACGACCGAGCCUAUAUCGGAUUCUGUAGAUGUCUGA